GCUGCUAAACACAAGGAAAGCCAUCCUAAUAUUUUACUUGAUCGUUUUGAUAUUUGCUAGUUUUUGUUUCAAUGGCUAAUGAUCAGCACCAACCAAAAUGGGAAGGGAAGGCGUUUGCAGAGCUAGCAGGCCCCAAAGCAGAACAAGUCUGGCCUCUCUUGCAAGAUUUUUUCGGCUUAGACAAGUGGUUCCCAACUCUGACCACUUGCCUCCCUGUGGAAGGCGUGUCUGGGCAACCUGGGUGUGUUCGUUUUUGUGCCGGCUUCAAAACUCCUGUUAAUGGCAGUGACGAAGGGACUGUGAAUUGGACUAAGCAGAAACUGCUGUCCAUUGAUCCAAGUGAAAUGGAUUUUAGCUAUUCCAUUGUGGAUGGCAAUGUUGGUUUCAACGGUUACGUAUCGACAGUGAAAGUGUUGCCAAAGGAACCAGGGUGUGACAUUGAGUGGAAGUACGAAGUGGAGCCCGUAAAAGGCUGGACACUGAAGGAUUUGGAUUUCUUCAUCGCUUCUGGUUUGCAAGUCAUGGCUCGGAGAAUGGAAGCCGCUCUCCGAGUUUUCCAAGCUUCAAUGGCCCAGUAAAUUUCGUAGUAGCUUGAAGUUUCCUGUGUGUUAAUGGAACUCAUCAUUAGCAAAAGCUCAAUAAAGUCAGUCAGUCUCCUUCAUCAUUAGAUAAAAAAUGGUGGGGUUUCGAUUUCAAUUUUAUGCUUUCGUGCUACAAGCCCGGAAUUGUAUCCCGUUUCUACCUCAUCCAUGCUUUCAGAUUA